GAUUCUUCUUCAACUAUAUAUAACAAGCUUUCAGAAACAUAUAUAAUAAUGGCUUCGUCUUUGUUAACAAUGGCGGCCACUGCCCCUGGUUCUCAGAGCUUUGAUACGUCGUCGUUUGGUAAACGUAAAAUACCAAUUAAACCCCUCAACUUUCGACCCUCUCCGUUGCUCUCUCGAGGCUCUUUUAGUCUAUUUACAAGCUCCCAAACACCUCCUUGUUAUCGUUCUCCACGUCUUCGGGAGGUGAGCAGCCAAGCAAUAGCCAAGGAAUAUGGCUGUGGUGAAGAAGCAAAAACACAACAAAUUUGGGAUUUUGGAAGGGCAUUAUGGACCUUUCUCAGGCCUCACACCUUCUAUGGAACUCUUGUGGCUUCAUGUUCAUUGGCGGCUAGAGUGUGGAUUGAAAAUCCAAAUCUAAUGAAGUGGUCAAUUAUAACAAAAGCACUUUGCGGUCUAGUGGAGUUGUUAUGUGGAAAUAGUUAUAUCGUCGGCAUCAACCAGAUUUAUGACGUCGAUAUUGACAAAGUGAACAAGCCAUAUUUGCCCAUAGCGGCGGGAAAUAUCACAAAGAAAGAAGCCUGGUUCCUAACGACGUCGUUUUUGAUGGUUGGGCUAUCAUUGGCCAUGCUUAAUUCAGGCCCAUUCCUCAGUUCUUUGUAUUGUUUCGCUCUAUUACUUGGAACUCUUUACACUGUUCCUCCUUUUAGAUUGAAGAGAUUCCCCAUUGCUGCUUUCAUCUGCAUUGCUUUGGUAAGAGGUUUUCUCGUAAACUUUGGUGUAUAUUAUGCAUCAAGAUCUGUUCUUGGACUUCCAUUCCAAUGGAGCUCACCUGUGGCCUUUAUCACCACAUUUGUUACACUUUUUGGUUUGGUCAUUGCUCUAACAAAAGAUCUUUCCGACAUAGAAGGUGAUCGCAAAUAUAAAAUAACAACUUUUGCUACAAAGCUUGGAGUAAGAAGGUUGGCGUUUCUUGGUUCAGGGAUCCUUCUUCUGAACUAUGUUGCUGCCAUUUUGGCUGCCAUUUUUAUGCCUCAGGCUUUCAAGCUAAGCAUAUUGAUACCAACUCAUGCAAUUAUGGCAGUGAGUCUUAUUUUUCAGACAAGAGUAUUAGAUCAAGAAAAAUACACCAAGGAAGCAGCUUCAAACUUUUACAUGUUCUUGUGGAAGCUGUUCUAUGCUGAAUAUUUGAUCUUCCCUUUUAUAUAGAACCUUCCCAUUAUAUACUUCUCAACCUUGAGAGAGGGAGAGAGAUUUUGCAUUUUACAGACCACUCAUAGAUUUUGAUGUAGAUAACUAUGGAUGGUACCAUGUAUUUUCUUAUGAAUUUGUAUCGAUAGAAUUAUUAGGGUGUUCAUUGUAUGAUAUUGACUACUCAACA